AUGGGAAAGGGCCAGUGGGAGGUCUUGAGCCUCGCGAAGCACGAGCUGGCAGAUUCAGAUGUGGCACAGCGUCUGAAGAAGGCAGGCACCCACUACUGGGAGGUGGAUGUUUCACAGAACCAUUUGACUGCUAGGGGCCUCGACCAAGUGGUGAAGUUUGGCAUCCGCUGCCCGGAGUUGCGCGUGCUGAAAGCGUUCAAGAAUCAGAUCGGAGACGAUGGCGCCCGUCAGAUCGCCAGGCUGAUUACAAGCUGUGCAUGCCUUGAGGAGAUCCACCUGUCGCACAACCAGCUGACAGCCAAGGGUGUGCGAAUCAUUGUUGCCGCGGCCUCCUGGCGCGACCAGCAGCUGAGUCCCUUGUGGCUUCGCUUGGAACAGAAUUUGGUGACGGAGCCGGUUGCCCUCUUGCACGAGCUGGCCCGGGCCUUCAGCGUGUGCGGGCGCGAUGAGUGGCGCUGCAACAGCCGGCACUGCGCGUGGAAGAGGCGGAUCCAUGUGCCGUUCCUGCACAUGCAGCGAGAGACAUGGACUGGAUGGCAGAGCAAGAAGGUUGAGAAGUCGUUCCGAAGGUAUGAGGACUAUGAAGACUGGAACUGGCCCGAGCCGGUCAAGCCAAAGAUUUUGAAAUUCGAGGACUGGAAUGCAGAUCCUGAAGCAUGGAGCGUGGCAACAGACACGAAGGCUCACAAGAAGGAGCAGAAGAAGGAACAGAAGGAGGACUCGAUCGAAUGGGAUACUGCAAAGACGGACUUGAAGACUGUCCCAAAGGAUAUGUCAGGUGGGCCACGCAAAGAGACGGAGCCCCAGAAAUCCAAAGACGUCAAGAAGGAAUCCAAGAAAGAGCGAGUCAAAGCAGCCGUGCAAGCUGCUGUAGCUGCCGCGCCUCCAGUUUUCCGGCGGGACAGCGAGCCUGGCGAGGUUUUCGGGUGGAACGCAUCGGAUCCAGUGGAACCAGCCUGGGAUGGAGCGAUGCUGCAGUACAUGCUGGUUCAGAGCUGGAAGUUGGGCGAGUUGCUGCAAGGCAAGGAGCAGACUGUUCCAGAAGAUGCCGCGCAAGCAGAGGCGUGCAUGAAGGCCUUGGACCAAAUUGUGGAGGAUUUGGAACCAGAGCGGCAGUGGAAAACCCACGCUUUCGGCAGCAUGACCACCGGCUUCGGCUUGCGGGGCUGCGAUCUGGAUAUCAUGCUGCUGAGAGUGCCCAACUCCCCGCGCGAGGAAACCGACGGCAAAGAGAUUCUGAUGAAGCUGCGGGACAUCCUCUUGGAGAAGCCAGAGUUCAAGGUGAAGGAAGUGAUCUUGUCGGCCAGGGUGCCCAUCUUGAAGUUGGAGUACCAGACCCGGGACGUCGACAUCUCGGUGAACAAUUUCAAGGCUUUGGCCAAUUCCUUUCUUUUGGCCGCCUACGCACAGCUGGACCCCAUGAUUCCGGAGUUCGGCACUGCUGUGAAGCUUUGGGCCAAGGCAAAUCAGAUCUGCGGAGCGCCAGUUGGCAAUUUGUCGUCCUACGCCUUCAUCUUGAUGGCGAUUUAUUUUUUGCAGGUCGCCAGCGGCGACGAGGUGCCAUGUUUGCAGGAAGGCCUGGAGAAUGAGGAUCUUGAGACUGCUCUGAAGGAGCGCCUGGGUCAAGAUGAUGUGAAAAGCUGGCGCCCCAGCGGAGCCCAAAAGUCCAGAGGCCUGUGGAACCACCUGGCGGCCUUCUUCGCCUUCUACUCCAACAGCUACGGCCCCGCCAAUCGCUACGAGCCUUUCCGCUGGGGCGAGGAGGUGGUGUCGGUCCGCCUGGGUCGGAGGUCCCGCGCGCUGACUGUGGACUCGGAGGAGUUUGGCGCGCUGAGCCGGCGGCAGAAGGGAGCGCUGCAUAUCGAGGAUCCGGUGGACAGAAGCCGCAAUCUGCGGGAUGUCUUUCGGCCCGGGCGAGAGGAGAUGCUGCGACAGGAGCUGAAGCAAAGCCACGCUGUCUUUGUCUUCCAAGCACAGACUGGGAUGAUUCCGGUGCCGGAGGUGAUUCCUGAGAUUCCGGGCCAAUUGAUCCAGCAGAGCCGCGGAAGGCGCUUUAGGAUUUAG